AUGCUAGCUGAUCAAGAGUUGCAGAACGAAAUACAAGACUUGGAGAGGGAAGUAGAAGAGUUAGAGAAACAAUUAGAAAACUCGGACAGUUCUACCCUCUUAGACACUAUUGGCCCUGUAGAUGAGCUGCUACACGACAUUCUCUACGACACAAACUCGAGUGAUCAAAAGUACUGCCAGGAUGAUAUUGGGGAUGGCAUUACUAUUAUGCGAACAACUGAAUUGAGAGAGCUACACGAGACUGAAAUCCCCAAAAUACAAAUGGAAAACGUUUAUAGGUUGAAUGGGAUAUCCUUUUUCCCUAUCUCUAAUGAUCCUCAGCGUGAAUUUCUUGGUGUCAGAUUUGAUGUGUUCAGAGAAGAGACAUCCAAGUUUGAUCCUCCACACUAUGUGAUCCUAAAACGAGACAUAAUCGAGAAUAGUCAUAAAUCAGUGGCAUCUUCAAACUCUGGAAAUUGGAGGUGGUCAGUUUUCCAAACAACAAUUUCUAAGGGUAUUCCAGUGUUUGAACUUGCUGCUAAAUAUUUGAGCCAAGCUUACUCAGGUACCCCAGGUAGUGGCUCUGAUAAGGAUACGGUUGAAAUCGCAAACAUGAAUUUGGACGCGGUGAUAAAAUUUGCCAUGCAGGUAUAUCAACAGCUCUGA